AUUUUUAAUAUAUGUGCAUUUUGCUAAAAGCAGGUCAACUGGCGGUGCAUGACACACCCUAAAAGGCUAAAACGACGUACCUGAGGGGAAAAAAACGGAACAUUGGUCAGGUUCAAUGUUACAAAUGCAUUUAUUCCGUAUUACGUGGCCCAUUGACGUACCGCAACCACCAUCUUGACGCAGCAUCUCGUUCCAUUAUUCCCAAUCGAGUGUAAUCUAAUAGUCAAAUUUCCAAUGCAUCCAUAGCUGCAAUUCCAUUGUCGAUGGUAUCGCUUCUUCACCCGAAUUCGACGGAUCGAUUCACUGCCUUUCAAAAUCAAUUGAUAUCAGUUUUAUUUAUUAUAUGGAGUCCACAAGUGGAUUAGUAAGUGCACAAGGGAAGCAACCUGUUUUCUCUUUUGGAGUCAUCUCUGAUGUCCAAUAUGCUGAUAUUCCUGACGGUUACUCAUUCGUAGGCGUUCCCAGGUAUUAUCGGCAUAGCAUCCACGUAUUGCAAAGGGCAGUACAACAAUGGAACAACCAUCAGAAACUUAAGUUUGUGAUUAACUUCGGAGACAUUGUUGAUGGAAAAUGCCCCCAGGACAAAUCUCUAACUGCUGUGAAGAAAGUAACUUAUGAAUUUGAGAAGUUCAAUGGCCCUGUCUAUCACAUGAUUGGUAAUCAUUGCCUCUAUAAUCUUCCCCGUGAGAAAUUACUACCAUUAUUGAAUAUUUCAAGUCCGGAUGAUCAUGCCUACUAUGAUUUUUCACCUGCUUCAGAAUAUAGAAUCAUUGUACUUGAUGGCUAUGAUAUCAGUGCCAUUGGAUGGCCUGAAGAUAAUCCUAAAACAUCACAGGCUUUGGAAUUUCUCAGGAAGAAGAACCCAAAUUCAGAUAAAAACAGCCCAGAAGGACUGCUAGGCCUAGAAAGGAGGUUUCUUAUGUUCAAUGGAGCUGUUGGGAGAGAACAGAUGCAAUGGUUGGAUGGCAUACUUCAGGAUGCAACAAAAUUGAAGCAGAAAGUAGUUGUGUGCUGCCAUCUGCCUUUGGAUCCUGGUGUGUCAUACCUAGAAGCACUUCUGUGGAAUUAUGAUGAAGUAAUGAAUUUGAUACACCAGUACAAUUGCGUGAAGGUUUGCCUAUCUGGACAUGAUCACAAAGGCGGGCAUUCAAUUGAUUCCCAUGGAAUACACCACAGAUCCUUUGAAGCAGCACUAGAGUGUCCUCCUGGUACAGAUGCGUUUGGCUACAUUGAUGUUUAUGAUGACAGGUUACUGCUUUUUGGCUCUGAUAGAAUGGAGAGUACAGAUAUGUGUUUCGAUCCCUGAGUAAACUUCAGAGUAAGACAGUGCUAACUCAUUCUUUAAUAGAAGCUUAAUGGGUAUACCUUAAUCACAAGCCUCUUAAGGAAAAAUUCAUAGGUCUUGGAAGACCACAAUAAUGAAAUUGUUUGCGGAACAUGUGGUGCCAUUUUUAACUGCCAACAAAGGUAUGAAUGCAAUGCUUUAUUAUUCUGUAUGCAAAAUCUAUUUUGAAAUAUAUUUGCAUUCAGGGGAUAUCUUCUUCUUCUGGACUGGAGGUUGUUUAUUUUUUAGGUGUAUUUCAUUCCUUGUCCUCGGCAUUUCAGGAGUGCUUUUGAAGUUUUCAAAUUGAUCCUUCAUGCCCUUUAGCAAUGUCAUGUAAACUAUUUUAUGUGUUGUGAAAAAAUAUAAGAUGCUUGAGAUAGAGAAUUUGUAACACUUUUGGGUUUCAAAUGGAUUACUUUCACAUAUUUGAUUAGGUAA